GUGGUUUGUAUUAUUGAUACGAACACCCUUGGGAUUCGCCAUUGAUGUUGCCAUUGUUGGUGGUGGAUUUCAUCAUUUGCUGGUGUGGGAUUUCGUCGUUAGUGCCGCUCUUGGGAUUUCGUCAUGGGGGUGCUUUGUUGUUGGUGUUGCUGUUACAGGUAGUGAAGCGUUGCAGGUUGUAGAAUUUGUCAUUAGUGCCUGUGGUUAA